CUGACAUUUUGUUUCCAUUAUUUCGCUAAAAAAUUCAACAGUUGGCCGGCCAAAACGAUAAUUUACGAAUGCUAAAAUUUGAUUGCGCUGUGCAUAAAUAUUUUUGGGGGGCAGUGAUGGGUUUAAACUUUUGGCAUCAAUAAUAAUAAAAAAAUGAUUGCAAAGCCAUAACCGUACAUAAAAUGCUAUACCAAUAAGUGUAAAUGGUUACUUAAUAGUUUACUUUAAACACUUGUAUUAAUACAUAAGUAAAGUGUUGGAAUCCUUUUUUUUUCUUCGCGAAAAAAUGAAGGACUUCUAUAAAAUGCAUAACUAAAAUGCCAAUCGCAAAACUAAGUACUUCAAGAAUAGGGAAAUAUAUUUAAAACUUAAUAUAUGUAUGUGCAUAUAUUUAUUGUUUACUAAUGGUAUUUGUACUGUUUUUUGUUUGGUGGAUAAUUUAAGAAAAAUAUCUUACCAAAAGACAUUACCAAAAAACGACAACUGUAAAAUAAAAUGUUACACCUAGAAUGCGCUUCGCAAAAAAGCCGGUUGCUAUAAAAGUGUUUUGUGAUUUUUUUUUUUUUUAUGAACGACAAAAGUGUGAUUGUGAUUUGUGUGUAUGGAAUAAGUUCGCAAAAGUGAACGCAAGCGCAUCUUAGAUCUAAAUGCCACCCGCUCAUUGGUUUAUUGAGAACUAAUACGAAAUGUCAUGGAUUGAGGAGAGAAAAGAACGGAAUUCGUUGUUCUCACCUUCGCCGACGCACUUACGUUUGUUCCCUUGCCGCUGCGACACAACAAUACAGUUGGCAAACUGCUGCUGCUGCUGUUGCUGCUACAGCCAUAACGUCGUCAACACUCAUGCACACGCAUACACGCGGGUUUGAAAAGUCGAAAUCGAGUUUUGCCGUCGUACACCAUUCACACCGCCACCGACAGCAACCACCGCACACAUAGGCGCAAAGGUGUUGCUUGUUUGUGAGCCGCACCACAGUCAGUCCAAAAGUUACGUUCAUUCAGUUCACUCGGUCUUUGUGCAGCGUUGUCGUCGUAGUCGUUGUCGUGUUGUGCGCUGCGCUUAUCCACACACCGUCUUUCACGCCUGUUGCCCGUUAUCAUUCAUAGUGCUAAUAGUAAAAUAAUAAUUAUUUUAUAUAUUUUGAAACGUGUUCUGCGUGCGAGUUCGCAAAUAUUGUGCCGUUUCGAAUUUGGCGUGUUAUUUUCGCAAGCGAAAUUAUAAAGCGUGUUGAAAUUUGCGUGUCAAAUCGCAAGUAAAAAAGCGACUGUGUCGAGAAAAGUGUGUUCAAAAAUAGCGAGGGUUUAGCAAAAACCCUACGUAAAAGUUAGAAAAUAUAAAUAUUGAAACAAAAACAGAAAUUUUGAAGAAAAAAAAAUGUGCAAACGGAAAUGAAACAAUAGCAAAGUUAUAAAAACAACAAAAACAAACACAAGCAAAUGCAAAGUGUGGCAGCUUAAGAGGCAUAAAAGUGUUGAUACACAUUCAAUUGUGUUAAAAGCAGCAAAAAAACUAAAAAAAAAUUAAUAAACAAAUAUUUUUGUGUGCGAAUCAAUCGUAGGACAGACCAAUAAAACCAUUCUGGAAUUUCAAAAAAGAAGCUAUAAACUGUCAACUCUUUUAGUGAAUGUCAUACAACAACUAAUAACAACAUUGGAUUACAUACUUACAUCUUUAAAUCCAUAAAAUACAGCGCAUACAACUUCGUUAUUAAGUAUCUCUGUGUCAAGUACUCAUAAUAGUUGUGCUAUUUUACUACAAAACUAAAUCAAUUUGAAAACUUAUAGCUUAGUUGUGUGGAAAGUGACAUUUCAGUCAUCAAAUCAGUGCACCGAUGCUACCACAUUUGGAAUACUCAUAAGCUAAUAGCCGUCGCAACUGUAAGCUACAAACGCGCCGUUAGCCAAGUGCAAGCAAAGCCGCUUUAACGCGAGAAAUAUAGUUUGAUUCCCGACCGUUAACCGCACAGUUAUCACAGUGGCGCUGCACUCGACAGAAGCCUUAAUGGCUGCGGGUUUUCUAAAAUCCGGCGAUUUGGGCCAUCAUCCGCACAGCUAUGGCGGCCCGCAUCCACAUCAUUCGGUGCCGCACGGGCCGCUGCCACCAGGAAUGCCGAUGCCGUCGCUAGGACCCUUCGGAUUACCUCACGGUUUAGAAGCUGUUGGGUUCUCCCAAGGUAUGUGGGGUGUGAACACAAGAAAGCAGCGACGCGAAAGAACCACUUUUACACGCGCCCAAUUGGACGUAUUGGAGGCGCUAUUUGGUAAAACACGCUAUCCGGACAUAUUUAUGCGUGAGGAAGUGGCGCUGAAGAUCAAUCUACCCGAAUCCAGAGUACAGGUUUGGUUUAAAAAUCGGCGCGCCAAAUGUCGCCAACAACUACAGCAGCAACAGCAAUCCAAUAGCCUUAACAGUUCGAAGAAUGUCAGCUCCGGCUCUAGCUCCUGCUCUACAUCGCGCAAUACAUCGAAUAGCGGCAAUAGCAACAACAACAAUUCCAGCUCAUCCAACGCCAACAAAUCGAAUUCACAUUCAUCACAUUCCACGUCCGGCGGAAGCGGCGGUAAUAAAUCUGGCAACUCUUCGGGCGCUGGCGGCAAUGCGAAUAACCCGAACAAUGCCGGCGGUUCAUCAGCAGCAGCGGCCGCUGCCGCCGCCGCCGUCGCACAGUCUAUAAAAUCCCAUCACAGUUCCUUCCUAAAUGCAUCCUCCUCGGGCUCAGCGGUAACGCCCACCUCCGGUUCGGCCAUUUCGUCACACGCACAUUCAACACAUCCGCAUCACAUGUCCGCUGGCGGUGGCAUCAAUUCGCUGGCGUCCGGCCCAUCGGUGGCCACAGUGAAUUCACUGAACGCCUCAGUGGCUGCGCAUCAAAACUCCUCACCACUGUUGCCCACACCUGCCACCUCCGUGAGUCCCGUUAGCAUUGUCUGCAAGAAGGAACAUAUCAGCGCCGGCUACCCUGGCGGUCCGGUCGGCAAUGACGGCUCUUUGCGUUCCACCUACGACACAUUGAAAGACGGCGGCGGCGACAUCAGCAGCAGCGCCAUACAUCAUCACAGCAUCUAUGGCACUGCGGCAGCGACGAAUCCACGUCUGGUGCAACCCGGUGGCAAUAUAACACCGAUGGAUUCGAGCUCCAGCAUCACAACACCAUCACCGCCCAUCACACCCAUGUCACCACAAUCGGCCGCCGCUGCAGCACAUGCCGCACAAAGUGCACAAUCGGCGCAUCACUCGGCCGCCCAUUCGGCGUACAUGCCCAAUCAUGACUCGUACAAUUUCUGGCAUAAUCAAUAUCAACAAUAUCCCAACAACUAUGCCCAGGCGCCGAGCUACUACUCGCAAAUGGAGUAUUUCAGCAACCAGAAUCAGGUCAACUAUAAUAUGGGCCACACCGGUUACAGCGCCUCAAAUUUCGGCCUCUCACCUAGUCCCUCGUUCACCGGCACCGUUUCGGCGCAGGCCUUCUCGCAGAACAGUCUGGACUACAUGUCGCCACAAGAUAAGUACGUGAACAUGGUGUAGAAUCUGCUGAUGCAAUAUUGCAACAGCAAUAGCAACACCAGUGCUGCCAGCGGCAGUGGCAGUGGCAGCGGCAGCGGUAGUGUGGGGGGUACCGUAGGCAUUGCCGGCAACAUCAGCGCUUCGUUAAUGGGCAGUGGGAGUGGCAGUAGUAAUUGUGGUGGCAGCGGUGCAACUGGUGGUGGCAUACACGGUGAAGGCAUCAAGCAUUUCAGCGGCGGCGGCAAUAACUAUAUUGGCGUAGGUGGGCGUGGCACUUAUGGCCUGCACGAUGGCAACGAAGAUUACGCUAUGAUGCCACACUAUGCUGCUGGUGGCAGCAGCAGCGGUGGCGGUAACAGCAAUGUCAACAGUCGCGCCAACUUGCAACAUCAGUAUGCGACCACACAGCAGUCGCAUCAGCAACACCAACAGCAACAACAACAACUAAACAACCAAUACCAACAACAGUAUCAGCAUCAUCAUCACCAGCAGCCACAUCAGUUGGCCAUCAAGCUGUCGCCAGGCAGCACGCCGCCACCGGCAACAACUCCACUAACAGCUACAACAACAAUGACAAGUGCAGCGCCGCCGCUGCCGCUUUUGCAUUUGCCGUCGGCGUCCGGUGCGGCAGGCGCACACUUGCUGCCGCCGCCAGCACCGCCGUCGCAUUUCUACGAAGCAACGGAUGAGUAUGCGUGAGCUGCAUUGUGUGCGGGCGGAAGUUGGGAACACUCGAGAGACAUAUCCGUUAAUGAAAUUGUUGGAAAACAGUAUGAAAAUGCUCAAUGCGCGGGGUGAGAGCGAUAAAUAGAGCGUAUGAGAGAGUGAGAGGAAGUGAAAGAGAGAGUGUAGAGGGGAAUUACUGCUGUCAGUGUGCAGCUAACAUAAGUAUGUGGUAGAAGAAGAAAGCAAGGAGUGAAGGCAAAAGCAGUUGCAGCCAGUAUCAACGAAAUAAUGAGUGAUAAAUUAGGAACAAAAAUUUCAAAAAUCUCUUUAUAUAUAGUUAAUGUGUGUACGUGUGUGUGUGUUUGUACAGAACUUCAACAAAACGUUUAAACGAAAAAUGUAAUGUAAGUAAAAUACACAAAUAUACCGUCAGGCGCUUGAGUGUUGCCCCCUUUUCUUUACUGAAA